AUGGAGCCGCCGCCGCCGCCGCCUCCACCACCCUCCCUGCCGUCCGUUCUCGCAAACCUGCGGUCCCUCCUCUCCGCCGCCUCCUCCGCCCUAUCCUCCCUCCCCUCCCCUCUCCUCCCCUCCACCACCACCACCACCACCACCACCUCCACCCUCACCGCACCCCCGCCCACCACCCCGCUCCCCGUCCCCUCCUCACCGACCUCCGCAGUCCCGCUCCCCCUCCCCGCCACGCCCGCCCCCUACCACGACUGCCCGGCCGUCGUCCGCUCCACCAACCCACCGCCCCCCUCCACCUCCCUCCCCGCCUUCCUCGCCGCCCACUGCUCCUCCUCCUCCUCCCCCACCACCGUCCCAGCCCUCUCCCCCCCACCCCGCAUCCUCCCGUCCGAGCUCUGCCUCCUGCGCCGUGAACUGGACUCCUGGGGCACCCACCACCUCCCUGGAUCCUACUCCUACCCCACUGCCCGCGUGGUGAAGGCACUUCGCCCCGGCGCCCCGCACUGGGAGACCCAGCUACAGCGCUGGCUCCUCGCGACCUCCCCGAGCCACGGCGUCGCCAUCGACGCGGCCACUCGAGACCACAUGUUCCUGCUAGUCAAGCUGUGCCUCACCGCUGCAGCCGCGGAGGCCGAGCGCUCGCUGGAACAACACGCCCUAAACGGGCAGAGCGGGGAGUUCCGUGUUGAUCCGAGGGCUCUGACGUUCGAGUGCCCCAGGCUGGCCGAUGGCGUCUCGUGGCUGGCUGCGCAGCUCGAGGUCCUCUACGGGAAGGGCGGUGGCGGGUUCCUUGCGGUUGCAGCGGUGAAGGAGGCGAUUCUGCGGCUGGGGUAUUGUUUGGCUGCUGGUGUUGGUGGAAGUUCCGGUGAAGAAGGAGGAAGUGAGGUGAGGGAUACUGGGGCAGAUGGCCGUAUAUUGCUUUCCCAGGUUGCUGCCGCCGUUGCGGCCUUGCAUGAGAGGCUGUCCCUGGAGAAGAAGAUCAGGGCUCUGCAAGCGCCACGCCCCUCCAAACAUCAACUGCUGGUUGAAUAUUCACAAGUACUGGAACGAGGCCAUGUUGAGAGGUCAAAACGGCCAGACUACAGACCUGUUCUGGAGUAUGAUGGAAUUCUACCGCGUCGAGGGGAUAACCAGGAAUCUGGUAGAUCCAAGACAAGGGAGGAACUCUUAGCUGAAGAACGAGAUUACAAGAGAAGAAGAAUGUCUUACCGCGGCAAGAAAAUGAAACGAAAUCCAACAGAGAUAUUAAGAGACAUAAUUGAUGAGCAUAUGGAGGACAUAAAACAGGCAGGUGGGGUUGAUUGUCUUGCAGAAGCUCCUUCUGAGAUUGCACAAAAUAUGCUCAAGACCAAUUCUGACGGAGGCGCAUACCAUGGAAGUUAUUAUCCUACUAACAGGUCUUAUGAUAAGGCAGUUUUGGGUUCUCGAUUACCUAGUCGUGAGAACUCACCACAUAGUGAUUCUUUUGGAAGAGUUUCAUCAAGGAGCCAUGACACAAGGGAUUCAUAUGGCAACACAAGAUAUGAAAAUAGUAGACACCAGUACCAAAAUGCAUCUGAACAUACCAAAGGAGGGACCAGAGAAUCUGAAAAUGCAAUGAAUCGAGGCUAUUCUGACCAGCAUGAGAACGACACACAUAAAAGAAGCACCAAUGAUCAAAGCAAAUAUGGUCAUAUGUAUAAGAGUACCUCGGAUUACCAUUCUGAAUCAACUGAUCGUUCCACUCGGUCGACACAAACACCAAAAUCACUGGAGAGAGAAUAUGGCGGCAUGUCAGGAAAUAGAAGCAAUGAUAGAACUAGAAGAAAUCAGAGUCUCCAUAGGUCAAUGCCUCUAAACAAAGAUCAGUUCAGUGAUAGAUAUGAUCCCCAAAGCAGAUAUUCUGACGAAGAUCUUCCAAGAAGCGUGUGUUAUGAUGUGUCUGACGGAAAGCAUGAAAUAUACCAUGAUGAGAUUCAUCCUCGUGAACGUCAUAUAAGAAAGCGUGAUCACAAUCACUGAAAGAAACAGAGACAUUUUCCCUUUGAUGUCAGUCCACUAAGUUAUACAGGCAUCUGGGUUAUUAACCUUCAGCUGUAUCCUUUUCUGUAUCCUUAUGCUGAAAAUGCUUUACUAUUUCUGCAGCUAUUGUAGUGACAAUCUGUUGCAGUUUUUUUUCCCAUUUGAAUAACAUUCUUUUCACCAUUCUUUUUUUUUUUGGCUAAACAUAUUUGAACUUCAUGUAGGGUGGCAUAUAUUUCCUGGUCAUAGCCAAUCUUUCAAUAGACUUUCUGCUAGCUUCAAAGCAUGCAUUCAUAAUAACUUUGCUCUGGAAUUAUACUGUUGCUUAGUUAUGAGCUGACAAGAAUUUUUAGUUGACUGCCUUUGCUUUGAAAGGCCAUGCCAGGAACAAGUUUUUCUUCAUUUAUCUGUUUGUGUUGCAUUUCAUCCAGAUGCUAGUCAUGCAUAAUUAUUUGAAUCGGGUUUAUGUUAAUCUUUGUGGAUGUAGUUCUAUUUACAGUGAGUUUUAUCAGCGAUGACCAGCCUUGGAAUGCCAUAGUGCCAGUAGACGUGAUACUGUUAAAAUGGAUAGUUCAUGCCUGUCAAGUACUUGAACAUAAGAAAGUGAUGCAGGUAGUACUGAAGUAGGGUUUGACAUUUGCCAUGAUGUAGCCAGGUGCAUCCUAUGCAGCACGGAUACGGACACAUGAGAUACAUUUUACAAAUUCUUUCCAAAAUGUUAAAUACUUUAUAUAUUGUAAAAAGGGAACACAAUUAAAUCAUCUAUUGCACAAUCUUUUUCCUAAGACCUCCAAUUGAUUGUUAGGUGCCCUAUGCUUUUCACCCAAACAUGGGCGUGUUUAAGCAUGAUGAAGCACAUACUUACACUAACACUUCCGGCGGUGUAUGUUUUGGCUUUGAUCUGCGUACUUCUUUAGCCUUUGCAACAGCGAGGGGCACGCUCAUUGAUCUCAUGUUGGGCUUUCUGUACAUGGGAUGUUUCCUCGAAGUAUCUUUUGGCAAUGGACAGCGGCCUCACUUAGGGUUAAUUCUCAGACCUCAUGUUGGGCUAUGCUCUACCUGGGAUGUGUCCACAAAGUAUCCAUGGGCAAUGGCCAGUGGCCUCAUAUAGGUUUAAUUCCCAGACUCCCUGUUGAGCUGUGCUGUACCUGGGAUGUUUCCACAAAGUAUCAACGAGCAAUAAUAUUUUUUAGUUGUCAAUUAUCCCACACUCACUCAGCGCAUAAACCCAGAUAGUCCUGGAAUCAUUUUUGUAAAAAAAUGGCAGGGCUACCUUUUUGUAACAAACAAACAAACGUAAUGUAUUACUUUAUUUUUUGUGUUCAUAUAGUGACUGCUUGCAUAAAUAAAAACGACCUGUCUUCAAUGCUACAGAUUUACAUCUCGAUUCAGUAUGCAAUUCGUAUGUUUAUAACCACUGAAAGCUGUAUCUUGGCUGCACUUAGUAGUGGUAUUUCCGUAGUGAGACACUGAGAGCUGAGGACAUGACUUUGAUUGCACUUCAAUCCAAUAGCAUGAUGCACGAACAUGUAAAUAAAAACCUGAAAAAGACUUUCUUGAAUCACCCUGCAUGUGAAUUUUGAGAUGAUUAAAAACACUCGAGCAAGGACCAGAAUACGGUUGCAUGUGUUUAACCAUUACGUCACAACGUUGAACAAGGAAAUGGCUGUUAACACUGACAGGACUGAUGUACAUUUUGAAUUCUCAUAAGCCUGUGAGGAUUGCUGAUGGCAUUUAAGCAAGAACUUCUUGGAUGCAAACUAGAAAUCCGUUUUUGUAUUUAUAUUCUGAAUUCAUGGCUGCAUUGCUAUUUCUGUUUAUCAUGAACCCCCAGAACCUCCUUGGCAAAUUCUUUCUACAUGUAGUUAGUUGCUAUUUUGCAAUGUACUAUGCGUCAUGUCAUGCUGCAAAUGCUGUAUGAUUUGUUGGCAUUAUGUUCUCUUACUGACCUACUUAGAUUUCCAUUACUUUCUUGUAGGUUAUCUGAGCUGGAUAUCGAAGUCUGAUGAACUAUUUAGGUAGCGAGAAUUAUGACUGGUAGUUGUAGUUAGUUCCUCUUCCUUGUUCUGGUUAGCGCAUUCCAAUCAUGGAGAUUUUACCGCUUGCUUGGGCUCCUGCCAUCCAUUGAAAUUUGAAAUUCUUAAGCAGCUACUGCUGGUCAGGUGCUUCCUAGAGCAAGAAGGCCUUACUUCGCCAAGCAGUUCUCUUCACAUGGGUACUUUGCCCAUUGAGGAGAGCCACACAAGGAUAAAUUUUGCAUUUUUGUCAGCUUGUGAUCCACGAAGUAGUUCCAAAUAGGCAGAGUAUCCAGUUUAGAGACAUGUUAUUCCACCUUUCUCUACAUUUGUUCAUGUACACGAAUAUUUUGUAUCACUCCCUUUCAUUGUUAUCGUACUGAUGGCUAGAGUAAA